AUGUACAAUAACGUUACCGCGGCCCCGGCGAAGGGCACUGGCCUCAGCGGCUACGUUCAGCGCAGUAAAGCCGUUGUGGGCGCCCGGCUUCAUUCCGUCUCGAUUAGCGAGGCGAAGUCCCCUCAGGAGGCGGCGAUCAACCCGCUGGCGAUGAUGCGAUCGCAAAAAGAAAACCAUGACAUGGCGCUACGACUUCAGCUCCACAAGGCGAUCCGGGCUGUGAGGCUGAAGGUUUUUCUAUACAAAGAGGAGAGGCUGGCGGCCGGGGCCGACGCCUCGACGGUUGAGCGCGAGUGUGAGGAGCUGCACCGCUCCUUGAUGGAGGUGGCGAUGGAAAACCAGCGGGCGAUAAAAAAGGCUGAGGAAAAGAAAACUGCUAGCCAAUUUGCGGCUGCCUUUGGGGUGAAGGAAACUAGUGGUGCUAUUGACAGGGACUUUGAUCGUGCGCAGCGUGAAGAGGUCAAACAGUCCGCUGAGGAGGAAAGAAGGAGGCAACUGGAGCACCAACUUGCUGAGCGACUUAAAAAAGUACGACAGGAGAGCGAAUAG